ACACCCACACCUUGUCUGUGAGUGAGUCACAAUCUGUGAGGAAGAAUCCUUGCGAUUGUAAUUUUCUCAGAUCAUUUUGUCGAUACCAUCUGCACAGCCCACAGCUGAUUGCGAAGAGCUAACAGUAUAUUCUGCACUCUACAACUAUACUAAGUUUUAGAAAUCUAGAAAAAAAGAACAAGCAAAAAAAUCAAGAUGUCUGCUUACAACUACAACAAAUCUCCUGGAAAUGACUCCAAAAGUUUCACUCUUGGAUCAGUUAACAGGCAGCAAGUUAUGCAGGAGACCAAUAAAAGGAGGACUCUCCUACAAGACAACAGCUGGAUAAAGAAACGCCAAGAAGAAGAGGACAAACAGAAAGAUGAAAACUUUGGAAAAACUAUAUUGAGCCACUACAAAUCCCAGGAUAAUUUGGACAGGGAUAAUGCCCUUGAAGAUACAAAGCCCAUACAUAAUAGGUUCAAGUCUGAUGAUGCCCUGGACAGAAUUUCACUGAAAAAUACAUCUGAAAGAGGAAAUAAAGCUGCAACUCUGGAAAGAUUACCUUGGAGUGGGAGUGCAGAUACUGAAAACAAAAGACAAUCAUGGACUCCAGGAAACAGAACUACAACAACUACCACUACAGAGGAAACAAAAAGGAAAUCCUGGGCUCCAUCCAGUAAGGCCUCAACCACAACUACUACUACUACAGAGACUAAACAGGUUACUCUACCAACCAAACAAGAUGGACAAAAAAUUACAAUUUACUCAUCGGAGGUUAACACCACUGAUAAACCAACGAGAGGCAGCUUGGUUGAUAGUGCCAGAUCCCGAUUUGAAAAAACUGAAGAAAAGUCCAAACUGCCUCCGCUACCUGUCUCCCCACCAGCAAAAACCGAUCUCAGAGUUGGAGAAAAACCAAAGUUGUUACCACGAUCACCUCCAGCCAAAAUUGAAGAAAGGCCUUCCUAUCCCACUAACACUAAGCUUAGUGCAACAGAGGCUAGUGAAAGAAGAAGCACGGGAGAAAGAAAACAAAGAAGCCAAGAUCUUGAUAAUCUUAUUGAAGUGUCAAGCAAAAAACCAUUUGGCAAAGGAACACAAGAUCUUGAUAACCUAAUUGAUAUCAAACCCACAAUUGAUAAAAGCAAGAACAGGACACAAGAUCUGGAUAACCUCAUUAAUAUAAAAAAGCCCACAUCUGAUAACAGCAGGAAAAGUGAAAAUCUAGAUGACCUUAUUGAAAUAUCAAGGAAUUCUAGGAACAUUCGUAGCAGGGACGAGGAACUGAGCAAUUUAAUUGAAAUUAGAAAGACAGAAGACAAACCCAGAAGCCAGAGAAUUGAUGAUUUAAUUGAUGUUACACAUGCUGCAAAUAAAAACAAGGGAAGCCAGAGAAUUGAUGAUUUAAUUGAUGUUACAAAUGUUGCGAAUAAAAACAAGGGAAGCCAGAGAAUUGAUGAUUUAAUUGAUGUAACAUAUGCUGCAAAUAAAAACAAGGGAAGCCAGAGAAUUGAUGAUUUAAUUGAUGUUACAAAUGUUGCGAAUAAAAACAAGGGAAGCCAGAGAAUUGAUGAUUUAAUUGAUGUUACACAUGCUGCAAAUAAAAACAAGGGAAGCCAGAGAAUUGAUGAUUUAAUUGAUGUUACAAAUGUUGCGAAUAAAAACAAGGGAAGCCAGAGAAUUGAUGAUUUAAUUGAUGUUACACAUGCUGCAAAUAAAAACAAGGGAAGCCAGAGAAUUGAUGAUUUAAUUGAUGUUACAAAUGUUGCGAAUAAAAACAAGGGAAGCCAGAGAAUUGAUGAUUUCAUUGAUGUUACAAAUGCUGCAAAUAAAAACAAUGGCCGGAGAAUUGAUGAUUUAAUUGAUGUUACAAAUGCUGUGAAUAAAAACAAGGGAAGUCAAGAUCUGGAUAAUCUCAUUGACAUAGCAGAGACAAGAAUUAAACCACAACCAGUUUCUACUAAUAACACUAACGUUGUAAGUCGCACAUCAACCACGUCGUACAAAACUAGUGAGGAAGUGCCAGAUUCAACAGCAAGACGAUCAACUACAACAUACAAAACUAGCGAGGAAGUAUCAGAUUCGCCAGGAAGAAGAUCAACUACAACAUACAAAACUAGCGAGGAAGUGCCAGAUUCAUCAGCAAGACGCUCAACUACAACAUACAACAUUUCUGAAAGUAGUUCUGGUGCUCCAGAAAGACGUACAACAACAAAUUACAAAGUUAGUGAGCAUACAUCAGAUACAGGAAGACGUUCGCCAUCCAACUACAACACUGCUAAUAAUACAUCCAGCAGACGUUCAACAGAAAAUUAUAAUUCUGUAACCCAGCGUACAACUACAACUUAUACUGUUAAUGGGGAAAAUGUUGAUGCACCAAAUCGGAGUUCAAGCUAUGAAAAGUCAAAGAUUUCAUCCAACCCAUCAGAUACUUAUGUCUACACUACAUCAUAUGAUGAAACAAGAAGACCGCCUAGCAACAUGUAUGAUGAGAAUAUUGUAUCCAAAUCUAUAAAAACUGUUUAUUCCACUUCUGAUAGAUCCGUCAUUGAAAAGGACAUGUGUACUUACUGUCGCAAGCCACUCGGAAUUGAGGCCAAAAUGAUCCUCAAUGACUUAAACAUAUGCUGCCAUGCAACUUGCUUCAAGUGUGAAGCUUGUUCUGGGCCUUUGGGAGACCUGAAAGCUGGUGACAGCAUGUGGAUCUAUAAGCAAACUAUACACUGUGAACCAUGCUAUUUUGGUGCAAGAGAAAAAUGGCUCAGAUAAACACAGCACCUGGAGAAGGAAAAUAUGGGAAGACUCAAUGGACCUUCUGGUUCUUCUAAGAUGUUGAAUUCUAUGUUUCUAUGAAAGAUACUAGUGCAAUAUAGACUGCAUAUCACCAAAAGUUUUAUAUGAUAUUAAAAAAUAAAUAUAUACAAAUAGCUAAUAUAUCUUUUUAUAAUGAAAAUGUGUGUAUCACUGCUUAAUAGGAAGCAUUCCGGGGUUUGAAACAAAAGAAUAUUAUUCCUUUUAUAUAUAUAUGAAUUAUUUUAAAUUAAGUUUUAAAAUAAAAUUUUAGCAUAUUUUUUAAAAAUAUAAAAUUACAAAAAUAAAUUAACUUGGUAUUCAGUAUAACCAGAAUGCACUUUACAGCCCUAUUAUUUUAAUGAUGUGCAUAGUACAUGAUUGUACAUUUUACUGAAAAGAGUUAAGGAGCUGCAAAAUAAUUAUAGAUAUCAGUAAUGACAAAAUAUAAAAUAUGCCUUAAAUGUUCUUAUUUUAGAAUGCAUAGAAAAUGAAUGUUUAUUUUAUGUAAGACUUUGACUUAAAGGGACAUUCAUUUUCUUUCUUUGCUUAUCAAUCAGAGGGCAUUCUUAUAGGCAUUACUGUAUUAUGAAUUGUGUAUUUUGUACCUGCCUACAAGUAUAUAUCUCAUGGACCAGCUGUGUACAGACUUGCACUUUCAUUUAACAAUUUGAGCCUAAACUUUUACAUACAAAACUUAUUUCUAAAAAUGUGUAAAUAAUAAUUUUUCAUCUGCAUUAUGAAGAUGUGUUGAGCUUAACAUCCCCUUGAUAAAAAUAGUAUCUUUGUUUGUAGGUCAUAUAUAAUUAUAAUGGUGAUGUACUCUUAUUUUUUUAGGAAUAACUUUAUGUUCAUUCAUAUUGUUUUGCUUUGGGGACUUGUAAUUGUUGAUAUUUAAAUGAUCUUUGUAGACAGAUAAUGUACACAAUCUAUUCAAUAAAACUGAACAAUACAAUAAAUUCAUCCACACAAUUAUAAAUAAUAGAAAGCAUGUUAUAAAAUACAGCUGAGAUUGUCUGAUUGUUUUGUGAUGUUUGUGUUUACAAUAAAACAUGAAUUUUACAUCUAUUAUACUAACAAUUAAACUGAUGUAUUUGGCACAGCA